AUGGUAUCACUAUUCGGCUGGGGCUCAAGCCCAAAACCCGAGUCGAGCCAACCAACACCUCCUCAAGAGAAACCGACACCCGAUGAAUCCGCAACCCUAGCACCACCAGGACAAACACAAAUAGCACAACCACCCUCGCCCCAAACAAACACAAACCUCAAACUCCUCUUCGGAGGAAUGACCUUCUUCGCGCUCUCGGUAUUAGUGACACGUCGCGCCUUCCAUAAGAAACGCAUUGCCUGCAUCCCGUCUUUCUACACAAGCUCGGUGUACCACCAGCCGCACUCGAACUCCGCGGGCGAUGCGUUCGAGGCUCUGAAUUUGGCUACUCUCAAUGUGAUCUCGUUUGGGUUGAUGGCCGGCGGUGCGGUCGGGUAUGCGUUGAACAUUAAUGGGCUUGAGGAUAUGCGGAGAUUCGUGCGGAAUGGGUUGCAGGGUGGUAGUGAUACGCCUGUCAAGAGUGAUGAGGAGCUUGAGACGGAGGUUACGGAGUGGGUCGCUAAGAUCCUUGGUGAUAAGUUUGAGAAGCAGUUGGAGAAGGAGAAGAUGAAGAGGGCGUUCCGGGAGGAUCAGGUCGAUCAGGAUACUAAAGAGACCUGA